AUGACAACCCAAACCCCGAAAGCCCCUCCGAAUCUAUUCAACAACCUCAACUCAUCCUACGGAGAACUCUACUCCCAAAGCACCCUCCAAACAACCUCCAUCCAAAACCUCAUCUCCCUCCUACCCCCCAAUAGCAAAAUCCUCGACAUCGGCUGCGCCUCCGGAAUCCCCAACGCCCUCCUCCUCGCUCAAGCCCACCACCACGUAACCGGAAUCGAUUACUCCCCCCAAAUGAUCGCACAAGCGCGAAAAAACGUCCCUACUGCAGAAUUCCACCACGUAGACGCUAGAAAUUUCACCGCGAAAGAAAAGACCUACGAUGCGAUUGUUUGUAGUCUUGCACUUCUCAGCCAGGCUUCGCAAUGGAAUCGUACUCUUUGCAUUUCGCAUCGCGCAUUGGUUGAAAAGUGA